UCUUGCUUAGAAAGACCACGAUAAUUCCUUUCCCAAAGCCCAGCAGCCCCCCAGCCCCGCGCAGCCCCAGCCUGCCUCCCACCGCCCAGCUGCCCGCAAUGCCCUCCAGCGGCCCCGGGGACACCAGCAGCUCCGGUCCGGAGCGGGAGGAGGACCGCAAGGAGGGAGAGGAACCGGAGGAGCCUCGUGGCAAGGAGGAGCGGCAGGAGCCCGGCACGACUGCGCGGAAGGUGGGGAGGCCUGGGAGGAAGCGCAAGCACCCCCCGGUGGAAAGCAGCGACACGCUGAAGGACCCUGCAGUAACCUCCAAGUCACUGUCCAUGGCCCAGGACUCAGGCCCCUCAGAGCUGUUACCCAAUGGGGACUUGGAGAAACGGAGUGAGCCCCAGCCAGAGGAAGGGAGCCCUGCUGGGGGGCAGAAGGGCGGGGCCCCUGCGGAGGGAGAGGGUACAGCUGAGACCCCACCUGAAGCCUCCCGGGCAGUGGAGAAUGGCUGCUGCACCCCCAAGGAUGGCCGAGGAGCCCCUGCGGAAGAGGGCAAAGAACAGAAGGAGACCAACAUCGAAUCCAUGAAAAUGGAGGGCUCCCGGGGCCGGCUGCGGGGUGGCUUGGGCUGGGAGUCCAGCCUCCGCCAGCGGCCCAUGCCGCGGCUCACCUUCCAGGCGGGGGACCCUUACUACAUCAGCAAGCGCAAACGGGACGAGUGGCUGGCACGCUGGAAAAGGGAGGCCGAGAAGAAAGCCAAGGUAAUUGCAGUAAUGAAUGCUGUGGAAGAAAACCAGGGAUCCGGGGAAUCUCAGAAGGUGGAGGAGGCCAGCCCUCCUGCUGUGCAGCAGCCUACCGACCCCGCAUCCCCCACUGUGGCCACCACACCUGAGCCUGUGGGGGCUGAUGCGGGGGACAAGAAUGCCACCAAAGCAGCUGAUGAUGAACCGGAGUACGAGGAUGGCCGGGGCUUUGGCAUUGGGGAACUCGUGUGGGGAAAACUGCGGGGCUUCUCCUGGUGGCCAGGCCGCAUUGUGUCUUGGUGGAUGACGGGCCGGAGCCGAGCAGCCGAAGGCACCCGCUGGGUCAUGUGGUUUGGAGACGGCAAGUUCUCAGUGGUGUGUGUUGAGAAGCUGAUGCCGCUGAGCUCCUUUUGCAGUGCGUUCCACCAGGCCACCUACAACAAGCAGCCCAUGUACCGCAAAGCCAUCUACGAAGUCCUACAGGUGGCCAGCAGCCGCGCAGGGAAGCUGUUCCCGGCGUGCCAUGACAACGACGAGAGUGACACUGCCAAGGCCGUGGAGGUGCAGAACAAACAGAUGAUUGAGUGGGCACUUGGGGGCUUCCAGCCCUCUGGCCCCAAAGGCCUGGAGCCACCAGAAGAGGAGAAGAAUCCCUACAAAGAAGUUUACACAGACAUGUGGGUUGAACCUGAGGCAGCUGCCUACGCACCACCCCCACCAGCCAAAAAGCCCCGAAAGAGCACAACCGAGAAGCCCAAGGUCAAGGAGAUCAUUGAUGAACGCACAAGAGAGCGGCUGGUGUACGAGGUGCGACAGAAGUGCCGGAACAUCGAGGACAUUUGUAUCUCUUGUGGGAGCCUCAACGUCACCCUGGAACACCCUCUCUUCAUCGGAGGAAUGUGCCAAAAUUGCAAGAACUGCUUCCUGGAGUGUGCGUACCAGUACGAUGACGACGGCUAUCAGUCCUACUGCACCAUCUGCUGCGGGGGGCGUGAGGUGCUCAUGUGUGGGAACAACAACUGCUGCAGGUGCUUUUGCGUGGAGUGUGUGGAUCUCUUGGUGGGGCCGGGGGCUGCCCAGGCGGCCAUUAAGGAAGACCCCUGGAACUGCUAUAUGUGUGGGCACAAGGGCACCUACGGGCUGCUGCGGCGGCGGGACGACUGGCCCUCUCGGCUCCAGAUGUUCUUUGCGAACAACCACGACCAGGAAUUUGACCCUCCGAAGGUAUAUCCACCUGUCCCGGCCGAGAAGAGGAAGCCCAUCCGGGUGCUAUCCCUGUUCGAUGGAAUCGCUACAGGGCUUCUGGUGCUGAAGGACUUGGGCAUCCAGGUGGACCGCUACAUUGCGUCGGAGGUGUGUGAGGACUCCAUCACAGUGGGCAUGGUGCGGCACCAGGGGAAGAUCAUGUACGUCGGCGACGUCCGCAGCGUCACCCAGAAGCAUAUCCAGGAGUGGGGCCCAUUCGAUCUGGUGAUUGGGGGCAGUCCCUGCAAUGACCUCUCCAUCGUCAACCCUGCCCGAAAGGGACUCUACGAGGGCACUGGCCGGCUCUUCUUUGAGUUCUACCGCCUCCUGCAUGAUGCGCGGCCCAAGGAGGGAGAUGACCGCCCCUUCUUCUGGCUCUUUGAGAAUGUGGUGGCCAUGGGCGUUAGUGACAAGAGGGACAUCUCGCGAUUUCUCGAGUCCAACCCUGUGAUGAUCGAUGCCAAAGAAGUGUCAGCUGCACACAGGGCCCGGUACUUCUGGGGUAACCUUCCCGGUAUGAACAGGCCGUUGGCGUCCACUAUGAACGAUAAGCUGGAGCUGCAGGAGUGUCUGGAGCAUGGCAGGAUAGCCAAGUUCAGCAAAGUGAGGACCAUUACUACUAGGUCAAACUCCAUAAAGCAGGGCAAAGACCAGCAUUUCCCCGUCUUCAUGAAUGAGAAAGAGGACAUCUUAUGGUGCACUGAAAUGGAAAGGGUGUUUGGCUUCCCUGUCCACUAUACCGACGUCUCCAACAUGAGCCGCUUGGCAAGGCAGAGACUGCUGGGCCGGUCGUGGAGCGUGCCCGUCAUUCGCCACCUCUUCGCUCCGCUGAAGGAGUAUUUUGCUUGUGUGUAAGGGACAUGAGGGCAAACUGAGGUAGUGACAAAGUAAACAACAACAACAACAAACAAACAUGAAAAACACAAAACAAAACACCAAGAACAUGAGGAUGGAGAGAAGUAUCAGCACCCAGAAGAGAAAAAGGAAUUUAAAACAAAACCACAGAUGCGGAAAUUAUCGGAGGGCUUUGCCUUGCAAAGAGGGUUGGCCAUCAUCUCCUGAUUUUUCAAUGUUAAACUUCAGUCCUAUUUAAAAACAAAACCAAGCCCCUUCCCCCUCCCCCCUUUAAUUUCUGGUCAAACCUUUUGUUUUCUACUCUUUCCAGAGGGGUUUUCUGUUUGUUUGGGUUUUUGUUUCUUGCUGUGACUGAAACAAAAGGGUUUAUUGCAGCAAAAAUCAGUAACAAAAUAGUAACAAUACCUUGCAGAGGAAA